AUGGCUGGGAAAUAUAAUGGAGUUCAAGCUUAUGUAAAAAAAGAACACCCUUUAGCUUUAUAUGUACAUUGCUCUGCUCAUUCCUUGAAUMUUGCUGUAUCGGUAUCAUGUAACGUUUUCCAAAUACGGAACUGUAUGGGAACGAUAGUAAAAUUGAGAGACUUUUUUGUGUUUCCGAAACGAAAAUCUGUACUUUCGAAAGCUAUUGAAAUAUCAGAAAAUAAUAUUUCUAAAAAAUCAUUGAAGAGAAAUUGUGAAACUAGGUGGAUUGAACGAUAUCAUUCAGUUAGUGAUUUUUUAGAACUGUUUGAAUGUGUAGAAGAAGCUCUUGAAGAGAUUUGCGAGUGGGAUCAUACAGACACGUCAAAUCAAGCUAGCGCUUUUCGAAAUUCAAUUCUCCAACCAGAAUUUAUAAUUUCAAAAGUAUUUGGAUUUGGUCUUCCACUAUCAAAAAAGUUUCAACAAAUUAAUAUUGAUUUAAAAUUGGCCAUGGAUUUAGCUAAAAAUACUUUGCUCGAGUUAGAAGAUUAUAAAAAACACGCUCAGAAAAAUUUUGAAGACAUUUUUUUAGCUGCCAAAAAAAUUGCUGACAAGUUCAAUGUGACAAUGAAAAUUCUGAUAAUUAACAAAAGACAAUUACAUAGAAUAAACAUACAAACUAAUAAUCCUGAGGAAUAUUUUCGCAUAUCGGUUUUUAUUCCAUACUUAGAUUCUUUUAUAAGCCAAUUAAAAUCUAGAUUCCUUAAUCAUAUUGAUAUUUUGUCAAGUUUUCACUCUCUUUUUGACGAGAAUUCUACAAAAGAAGAAUUCAAAAAUUUGGCUGAAUUUUACGAAGAAGAUUUAAAUGGAGUUAAUAAGUUAUUUCAAAUUUUAUCUACACUUCCUAUAUCUACGGCUUCAAACGAACGGACUUUUUCAUCACUAAAAAGAAUUAAAACAUAUCUGCGAAAUACAAUAUCUGAGAAAAGACUAAAUGGAUUGGCCAUGUUAAACAUUCACAGGGAAGUUGAAAUUACUGUUGAUGAAGGAUACACACCAAAUUGGACAACAGAAAUAUUUACAAUUUCAAAAAUUUUACAAACCAAUCCAGUAGCGUAUCAAUUAAAAGAUGAAUCAAACAAUAUAAUCUUAGGCGGUUUUUAUGAACAGGAAAUUAAAMUAACWGAUUUUCCAGACACCUUUCUCGUUGAACGUGUUAUAAAAAAAGUUGGGGAUAAAAUGUUUGUUAAGUGA